AUGGAAUCAGAUCUUACCAUAGAGCCUCUCCCAUUCAUCGGAACUCUCAAGAACGGCAGUACUGUGGAAAGCCUUAGGAGCAACGAAGUCGUCCCGGCUUCACUAGACCUAAGAAACAACGUCGUUUCAAAAGACGUCGUGUACUCACCGGAGCUUAACCUCUCCGUUCGUCUCUUUCUCCCUCAUAAGAAAUCCACAGAACUCGCCGCCGGUGAAAAGCUACCACUACUUAUCUACUUCCAUGGCGGAGCUUACAUCAUGGGGUCCCCUUUCUCUCCUGUUUCCCACAACUACCUCACGGAGGUUGUCAAAGCCUCCAACUGCCUCGCCGUGUCUGUUCAGUACCGCCUUGCGCCGGAGCAUCCGAUCCCGGCGGCGUAUGAGGAUUCAUGGUCCGCGAUCCAAUGGAUAUUUACACAUUCCGAUGGUUUUGGUGAAGAUGCUUGGAUUAACGAACACGCCGACUUCGACAGAGCUUUUCUCGCCGGAGAUAGCGCCGGCGCUAACAUAUGUCAUCACAUGGCGAUUAGAGCCGGUGAGGAGAAACUAAACCCUAGAUUCAAAGGAGUUGCUAUGGUGCAUCCAGGUUUCUGGGGGAAAGAUCCGAUCGACGAGAAAGAUGUGCAAGACGAUGGAAUCCGAAGCGGAAUCGCAGAGGUUUGGGAGACACUCGCAAGUCCCAAUAGCGUCGAUGGAGUGAAUGAUCCGUGGCUUAACGUAGUCGGUUCCGGGUCGGAUAUAUCCGGUUUGGGAUGCGAGACGGUUUUGCUUGCGGUGGCUGGGAAAGAUGUGUUUGGUCGGCAAGGAUUGGCUUAUGCGGAGAAGCUGGAGAAGAAUGGGUGGAGAGGAGAUUUGAAAGUGGUAGAGGAAGAAGAUGAAGGACAUUGCUUCCAUCUCCGUAACCCUAAUUCUGAAAAUGCUUCGAAACUGAUGAAGGCAUUUGUGGAGUUUAUCAUCCACCGUUGA